GCUUGAAUCGAAAAAUUUUCGAAAUUUAAACAUUUUCCUUACACCGAACAAUUCAUUUAAAAAUGGACAUCCCAGCACAUGUAGAUAAAACUUUGAGUUCACUUUUAAACGUCUAUUCAAUUGUUUGUAAAGAAAACCCUGAAUAUGCAAGUUUAUGUGUGCCAACAAUAAAAAAUCUGGUAGAAGAAGUGUGCAAGCUUGAAAAGGAAGCAAGUCUUUUCAAGGAUCAGACUGAAAAUGCUUCAAGUUCAGUCAUUGUUUCCGGAAAGGAAACUGACCGUUUUAAACAAUUCGGGGAAGACCUUGAAAAUAUUUAUUUAACUAUGAACACAGAGUCAGAUGAGAGAACGAUGAACGGCGAAAACUCAAUGGAAGAAAAUCCAACCAUUUAUGAUCCCAUUACGAAGAAUCCAAUAGCAGAUCCAGUUCGUAAUGUGAUUUGUAAGCAUGUUUAUGACAAAAUUUCUAUUACGGCAGCUAUCACUCAGAAUAAGUUGCAUCGUUGUCCAUAUAUAGGAUGCGUUAAUAAGAGAAUGAGUCUCUCUAACUUAAAACCAGACAACGAUUUGAAGCGAAAAAUCAUGUCAUCGCAAGCUGACAUAGAUUUAAUCUAAAAUAUUUCAAGACUACUCAACAAUGGCUGUUAUUAAACUAUUUAAAUAUUUCAUAAUAAUAAAAACACACAACAAUAAAACACAUCAAUAAAAAGACAUUAGAUAAUUAACGGCUUUUUAUAUUUUGAAUCUUUGUGU